AUGUGGGAAUUCGAUUCGGACAACACCAUGGCCUCUUUUAUCAUAUCGUUGCUAACGGGUCUCACCUUAGGAUCUGGACCUUUAGCCUCUGCUAUUUGUAAUAAAUAUGGAUGCCGAACGACCACAAUCAUUGGCGCCGGCAUCGCUUUCGUAGGAUGUGCCGUAGCAUCAUUUGCCACAGCCAUGUGGCACAUAGUUGGCUCUGUAGGAAUCGUAAUGGGUAUAGGCUUUGGCCUUAUGUAUUGUCCAGCUAUUGUUAUAGUCACAAUGUAUUUUGAAAAGCGGCGAUCCUUAGCAACUGGAAUCGCAGUCUCUGGUGCUGGAGUUGGCACA